AUGCCUCCUGAUCCAGCCGAGGGGGGUAAGGCCGUUGAGGCCGGUGGCGGCGGGAGCAAGGCCGGCGUUGACGAGUCGCUUUACUCUCGCCAGCUGUACGUCAUGGGGCACGAGGCCCAGAGGCGCAUGGCUACGUCCAACGUGCUGAUCGUGGGCGCGAACGGGCUGGGUGCCGAGGUUGCGAAGAACGUCAUCCUUGCCGGUGUGAAAUCGGUGACCCUUCUCGACGAUGGACCCGCCGAGUGGAGCGACUUGUCUGCGCAGUUUUACCUUUCGGAGGCAGACCUGGGAAAGCCUAGGGCGGCCGCGUGCGUGUCGAAGCUGGCUGAGCUCAACCGAUACGUUGGGGUCUCCACGACCACCGGCGAAGUAACCGAGGCCAUGAUCGGCUCCUACCAGGCGGUGGUGAUGAUCGACGCCCCGCUAGACGAGCAGCUGCGCGUCAACGACAUUUGCCACGCCAAGGGCGUGUGCUUCAUCUCCUGCGACGCCAGGGGGGUCUUCGCCUACGCCUUCUGCGACUUCGGGGAGGCCUUCGUUGUGUCGGACACCGACGGUAACCAGGCGGCGUCUUGCGUGGUUUCGUCCGUGACGAAGGAUGCGGUGGGAUUGGUGACGGUUAUGGACGACCAGCGGCACAACCUCGUGACCGGGGACGUCGUGACCUUCAACUCUAUCCAGGGGAUGACCGAGCUUGAGGGCCGUGAGUUCACCAUCACAGAGAAGGGUCCUUUCAGCUUCGAGAUCGACUGCGACACCUCAAGCCUCGGAACCUUCGUGUCGGGCUACGUCAACCAGGUGAAGAAGCCUUCGACGCUUUCCUUCCUCCCUCUUCGUGAGGCGCUGUCGAAGCCGGAGCCCUUCAUGGAGACGGACUUCGCCAAGAUCGGCCGCCCGGGGGUACUGCACCAAGCCUUCCGCGGACUCGACAAGUACCGUGCGGACAAAGGCAGCUUGCCCGAGGCGGGAGACAUGGAGCAGGCGGAGGCGGUGUUCGAACUCACCAAGGGUUUCGACGAGGACGGAGGCUUCAAGGUGGAAGGGCUGGAUGACAGCAAGGAUGUCAUCCUGCGGCUGUCUCUUGGAGCCCGCGGUGUUCUCAACCCGGUCUGCGCCACCAUGGGUGGUAUCGUGGGUCAAGAGGUGCUCAAGGCUUGCUCCGGAAAGUUCAGCCCGAUCCGUCAGUGGAUGUACUACGACGCCUUCGAAGCACUGCCGGAGGAGCCUUUGGCCAAGGAGGAGGUGCAGCCGCUUGGCUGCCGGUACGACGGAAGCAUCAUGGUCUUCGGCAAGACCAUGCAGGACCUGCUGGGCAAGCAGAAGUUGUUCUUGGUAGGGGCGGGCGCUAUCGGGUGCGAGAUGCUCAAGAACUGGGCCAUGAUGGGGGUGGGGUGUGAUGGCGACGGGCAGGUGCAUGUGACGGACAUGGACAACAUCGAGAAGUCCAACUUGUCCAGACAGUUUUUGUUCCGAGAGUCUGACAUCGGUCGGGCCAAGAGUCUCACCGCAGCCGGGGCUGUUCGGGCCAUGAACCCGUCCCUCAACAUCAAGCCUUACGAGGCAAAGUGUGCGCAGGAGACGGAGGAGCUGUUCAGCGACGACUUCUACUCCGGAUUGUCGGCUGUGUGCACGGCGCUGGACAACGUGGAGGCUCGGCUCUACAUGGACCAGAGGUGUCUCUUCUACCGGAAGCCCAUGUUGGAGAGCGGGACCCUUGGCACGAAGGGUAACACACAGAUUGUGGUUCCUUACCUGACGGAGAACUACGGUGCUAGCAGGGACCCUCCGGAGAAGUCGAUCCCCGUUUGCACGCUUAAAAACUUCCCCAACCAGAUAGAGCACACCCUUCAGUGGUCGCGGGAUUGGUUCGAGGGGUGCUUCAAGCAGAACGCGGAGGAUGUCAACCAGUACCUCCAGGACCCCAACUACACGACCUUCCUGAAUUCCCAACACAACACCAAGCUCGAGACCCUCACCAGGAUAUCCGAGUCGCUCGAUUCGAGCAGACCGAGCAGUUUCGGAGACUGCAUCAAGUGGGCUAGGCUGCAGUUCCAAACUCGUUUCCACAACGAGAUCGCUCAGCUCCUUCACAACUUCCCGGUGGACAGCGUCACAUCUUCGGGAAACCCUUUCUGGUCAGGAGCCAAGCGCCCCCCCUGCCCUCUCGACUUCGACCCGAACGAUGUCUUGCACAUGAGCUUUGUCAAGGGGGCCGCCGUGCUCCUCGCGCUCAUGUACGGGAUCGAACCUCCAACGGAUGAUGCAGUCUACGCCUUGACCCUGAGCGAGAUGGAGGUGCCGGUAUUCAAGCCUGUGGACGGUGUCAAGAUUGCGACGACGGAGGCUGAGGCCAAGGAGCAAGGGGCCGGCGGAGGGGGAGGGGGAGGGGGUGCGCAGCUGGAGGAUGUGGACGCCCAGUGCGAGCGCAUGCUGGGAGAGCUACCCAAGCCGGCAGACAUGAAGGACUUCCGGUUGGAGGUGGUCGAGUUCGACAAAGACCUCGACGAGCACAUGGAGUUCGUCACCGCGGCAUCCAACCUCCGGGCACGCGUGUACAAGAUCCCGGAGGCUGACAUGCACCGCUCGAGGCAGAUCGCGGGCAAGAUCAUCCCUGCCAUCGCCACUACCACUGCUCUCGUGACGGGGCUGGUGUGCAUGGAGGUUUACAAGAUCAUGCAGGAGAAGCCGCUAGAGUCGUACAAGAAUUGGUUUCUCAACCUCGCCCUGCCGCAGUUUUCGUGCUCCGAGCCGCUGCCCCCUGCCAAGACGGCCACCAUGAUCAAGGGGUCGGAGUGGAAGUGGUCGGCGUGGGAUAGCCUAGAGCUCGAGGGGGCGGACAUCACGCUGCAGCAGCUCUUCGACAUCAUGAAGGAGAAGUACGGGUUGGAGGUGACCAUGCUCAGCCACGGCGUGUCCAUCCUCUACUCCUUCUUCGCCAGCAAGAAGAAGAUUGCGGAGCGGCUCCCCAUGACGUUGCCCAAGAUCGUGGAGCUCGUCACGAAGAAGGACAUACCGGCGUCGCAGCGAUACCUCAUCUUCGAGGUUUGCGUGAGUGACAUGGAAACGGACGACGAGAGGGAGGUGCCCUACAUCCGGUUGAAGCUACGGUAAGCUGCUGUACGGGAAGCGGAAGCCAAGAAGGCAGACACCCAGAAAACACCAACACAGGACAGACAACAAGGCUGCUUUGCACGCCGGCGUGUAGAACGAUGCGGGGCAAUGCGGCAGGCAUUAUGCUUACGUUGAUGUUUCCCCCUUGGAGCCUGCCUACCUCCUGAUAGCGCUGCCAAGCCCGACCUAUUUCUGGUACCAUGCCAUCGAGUUUGAACCGUAUUUUGGAUUUUUUUGAAAGGGCAGGGUGUGUCGGUACCACUGUCUCUCCUGCUUGGCUUGUUUGUUGGAUUCGGUGCAUGCCCAACCCAGAACUCGUGAUUUUGGAAGGGUUACGGAAUUUGAUUCGGAUAGAUGCCUGUGGACGGCUAGCUCGUGCACAUCAGUCUCCCUAGACCUUAUUCUAUUUCCUCCCUGUCGGAUUGCGAAUGCCUCGUCCGCAGCUUGGAGACAGAAGCAUAGGGGAUUGUGCCGUGGUAUCUCAGCAGUACUGUAGUCAUGGUGUUGCGCAUGUUUUUCGCAUUUUUAUUUUUUCGUUCUGCGUUUUUCUUGUCGGUUGUGCGUGGCAUGUGUUUUUGCCCGAAUCUGUUCGUUGUGGCGUGGUGCGUCCUUGCAAUGCCCCCCCAAGUAGGCCAGCCGCUUUUGUAGAAGCACCAUGGCAGUGCAUGCGAGAUUCCAGCAGUUGAGUUGGUCCGUGAGAUUGACGGUGGCAGGUUUUUGUGUGUUUUCUAUAUAUUUUUGACUUGUUUCGUGACGAUAUUGAACACUUUUGGUUUUUCCUUCACGUGAGCGGAGAUAGCACCGGCUGUUUGGCGCCCCCCAGGCGGUGCAAAGCUUGGCGUGACGGGACACAACCAGCUACUUGCCACACCUUGUAUUUACCCGGUUUCAUGGACAAUAUCGAUGUCUCCAUGUAGAUUCCCCGUACUUUAGGAACAGUCCAGGGCUUGACGCCGUCGGGUUCUGGUGUUACGACUACACCCCCGUUUCGUGUCGUACACAUGAUAGAUACAAGGUAC